GGAGCCGCGGGCGGCGGCAGGCGGUGUGGAGCGGUAGCGGCGGGGCGCUCCGCCGCACAGCCCCGCGCUGCGUUCCGGCCGGGCUGCGCAGGGCCCGGCGGGGCGAGGCGGGGGACAUGCCCUGACGGGACGGCGGGUGGACGGGCGCCGCCUGCGAGGGGGAGCUGCGCCAGCGGAGCCGGCCGCGGCGGAUCGACCGCACCCGGCCAGGCCCCCGGGCGCCGCCGCUAUGGCUGGGCCCGGCCUCUGGAAGAGCAUCAAGUCGCUGCUGCGGAGGAGCGAGGACCCCUUGUUCCUGAACGACUCCAGUGCCUUCGACUUCUCCGACGAGGUGGGGGACGAGGACUUCCCUCGGUUUAACAAGCUGCGCGUGGUGGUGUCGGACGACGGCUCGGAGACGGCCCCGGAGACGCCGGUGAACGGGGCUGCCCUGGGCCUGCCCUCCGACGACGAGUCCCUGCUGGAGCGGGACAUCGCCCUGCGCGGCGCCCGGGGCGGCCCCUGCGGCGGCUGCAGCAGCCGGCGGGAGCGCUCCAAGCAGAGGAGGGUGAAGAAGCGCCUGACGCUCGCUGCCCUCCUCUACCUCCUCUUCAUGACGGGGGAGCUCAUAGGUGGCUAUGUUGCUAACAGUCUAGCAAUUAUGACAGAUGCACUUCAUAUGUUAACUGACCUUAGUGGUAUUAUUUUGACCCUGCUCGCUCUCUGGCUGUCUGCAAAAUCUCCCACAAAGAGGUUCACCUUUGGAUUUCAUCGCUUCGAAGUAUUGUCAGCCAUCAUUAGUGUAUUGCUGGUCUAUAUCCUUAUGGCAUUCCUCUUGUAUGAAGCUGUUCAAAGAACUAUCCAUAUGGACUAUGAAAUAAAUGGCGAUAUCAUGCUGAUUACAGCAGCUGUUGGUGUUGCAGUUAACUUAAUAAUGGGUUUUUUGCUGAAUCAAUCAGGCCACCUUCACUCCCAUUCCCACUCUCAUGUCCCUCAGUCGAACUCUCCUAGCACAGCCCACAGCGGCAGCCACGGGCACAGCAGCCUUGCCGUGAGAGCAGCAUUUGUACAUGCCCUUGGGGACCUGGUGCAAAGCAUUGGUGUGCUUGUAGCUGCCUACAUCAUCCGCUUCAAGCCAGAAUACAAGAUUGCUGACCCUAUAUGUACAUACAUAUUCUCCAUACUGGUGGUUUUCACAACAGUUCGAAUUCUGUGUGACACAGGAGUUAUUAUUCUGGAAGGAGUUCCAAGGCAUUUAAAUGUGGAUCGCAUUAAGGAAGACUUGAUGAAAAUUGAAGAUGUUUAUUCUAUAGAAGAUUUAAAUGUUUGGUCUCUCACUGCAGGAAAAACAACUGCCAUAGUCCACUUGCAACUGGUUCCUGGUAGUUCAUCUAAAUGGGAGGAAGUUCAGUCCAAGGCCCGACAACUGCUGCUGAAUACAUUUGGAAUGUACAAGUGCUCUGUCCAGCUUCAGAGUUACAAACAGGAAAUGAGCAAAACCUGCGCAAGUUGUCAGAGUUCCAGUGCCUAAUUUAAUAUGUUUUGGGAACUGCUGCCUUAUUCUUGAUCUUGUAGUCAAAGACUGAGAGCAAUAAAUGCAAAAUGAAAAUAACCAAUUAGAAACCAUUAAUAUGUGGAUUUUUACAAUGUAACAUGCAGCAGGGAGAACUGGUGCUGCAAAAAGUGCAGUGUUUGCCCUACAGAACACAUAUUUCCCUCUCUCCUGUGUACUGGUUUAUUCAAUUAAUUAUGAUUUUCAGACAAAUCUUUUUCAGAUUAUUGUUUACAAACUGCAACGUGGCUCUGCAGAUACCUCACAAAUUACAGUCCAAUAUAACUAUGUACCACAAAGUACCUGUGCUCCAAACGGAGCAUCAUGUAUUCAGUAUUCCAAUUAAAGUCUCUAAUGCUGAUCAUGCCAGGGUCCAUACUAUGUCAUGAUCCCUGAAUUCAUUAGACAGUAUUUUUGCAAUAGUAAUUUUCAUACAGUAUCUUAAACUGUAAUGCAUACAGUGCUAGUUGAAUUAUUUUGGAAACUGUCUCUUGGGAGACACUGCAAAAUACCGAAUUUAAUGUACCCAGACCAGAAAUUUAGCUUUAAUCUGGGCAUUCAAAGAUCCAGACAGGAAGAUCCUUGUCCAGACUUCUGGUAUAUAACUAGAGACCCAACAAUGGAUCCAAAGUGUUUUAAGUGAUCAGUUAUCUUUAAUGUAUUUUAGAAUAGGGUUUAUACAUUAGAAACAGGUUAUUUAUUUUACAAAGCUUUGACUUGUAAGAUGAAUUUCUUAUUCAUAAUCUUGAAUGUCUAAACCAACAUUUGAUUCAGAUUAGAAGGCCAGUUUAUUAGCAUGCAUUCUAGUUAUAAUUAAUAAAUGUCCUGUAAUUGAUAAUUUUUCCAUUAUUGUUUUGUUUCAAAAGGAAAAUCAAAUGAUAGAAAAUAUGCUUGACAGAGAGAUAUUCUCAGACACAAUCUACAGACUUGCAAAAUACAUGCAUCUUCUGACAGGGAAGUGGGGAGCAGAAGUUUGAGAUACAUGCUGUUCCCUCAGCCACAGAUCUCUGACCUUUUUGUCUUUGCUUUGAGCACGGUAUGGCAGCUCCCACAGGAAUGCCACUGCAAUAGCAGUCCUUAACUACGUAGCUUUAUGAAUAAAGCAAAAUCCAAGCAAGCUCAGUAACAAUGAUGUUGGACAACAAUAUCAUAAAAUCCUACAGAGGUAGAAAGGCCUUUUCUUAUUUACAGAGUGAUUAGGCAAUUUGAAAAGACUAUUUAUUCAUCCUCAAAGUACACAAACCUGAAUUGUUUAGCCUCAUGGCAGUGAAACAUUGAAUGUACACAGGCUAGUAAGACCUGGCUCUAAGCUAUCAUAUGCCUCUGAGCUCAGAUUUUCACCUGCAUCCAGAGUAAUUUUUAUUGGAAAAGCUAAGGGCAACAAGAAUAUGACCAGCAAAGUUCAGAAGACAAACUCAGAAAGGAAAAUUCUUGCCCAAUAAUGGAUGUUGUGGUAUUCAGCUGUGAAUACUUAAGCUAAUGCUGGUCUUGAAGUGCUAAGGUUUCACAUAGUCAUCAGGCUGAUUUACACCUUCAAUUAGUGGUAACAAUCUUGGCUUCUUUUCUCCCCUUUUUUUGAGGUAGGAGUCACAUAAUGACUUUUUAGAGCUGAAAACUGACAGCACAGUAUUAAUUUGGACAAAGUGCACAUAACACUGGAUUAUGUUUUGUGUCUGUUCUGGCAAGAAAUGGGAAUACUUGAGUACAGCAUGGGAGCAUAUACAGCUCAGAGGCAAAGUAGCACUGUACUUGGGAAGUUAAUGCUUCAACAGAAACACUAUCAUUAAUUAAGCCAUAUCUCAGUUCAUGGAAAAUAUGCAUCCCAUCCUUGCGAACUUACUGGAAGAAAAAUGCCACAAACAAAAAAAAGGUACUUUGCACAUACUGGUACUCAAAUGGGUUUUAAUUAAAUUGGGGUUUACAGUUGCUGUAAUUAGAAGUUGAAGUACAGUAGAAAAGUUAUUGUAUUUGGAGUUUUUUAUUGUAAUAAUUUACUACACAUUUGUUUAACUGAAGAAAAAAGCAGAAAUGUGUUGCUUUAUUGUGGGUUUUAUUAAAUCAAUUAUUAAACUUCACAUCAUUGUCUUAUAAAA